GCCUUCGUGCGGCUUCGGAACUUGGCGGAGCAGAUACCAGAACAUGCGGGAAGUGCACUCCGCCGUCGGGGCGUCGCCGUUCUCAGGCCAGGCCUUUCCACGGACGACGUGGUUGGUCAGGACUUCCUGCGGCGUGAGCUCCAGCGUGAAGACAUGACGAGUGCCAUGUCGCGGCUGCUGCGGCCGGACUCGCAGCUCUUCGUUCGGCUCGGGUUUGGUCCGGCGUGGUGUGGCGAAUUCCAGAUCAGGCAGGCGCCUCCACGCAAAAGUGGUCAGGAGCCCUCGCCGCCUUUUCUGCCUCUGUCGGGGCCACUUAAUGUGCCCUUGGUUUGGCUACAGCCGUUACGAUACAUACCCUGGCUGGCGCGACUGCUGAAGGUUGUGCUUGCAGCGCGGGUGCCCGUGCAGCCUCUGGCAGUUCGGCCAAAGCAACAGGAGGAUUCUGGUGGCGAUCCACCUUCUUGGUGGUGGCACAGCGAAGUCGGCGAGGGCGAUGUCAUUGUGCUGGACCAUUCUGUGGCUUCAGACAGUCCUUGCAGCCUGCCGGGUGAAGAUGCGCUGCAAGAGGCCGGCCAGGCAGCGCGGCUCCUUGGGGAGGCUUUGAGCAUGGGCUGCCCUCCGGACAGAGCGUUGGAGGUGUGCGAAGCUUUUGCGGCGGACGUCUUGGAUCCGGCUCCAUAUCCUGCUGUGGGGAGGCAGUACAUCGUGCAAUCCCUGCCGUCCGCUCUGAUUCGCCGUGAGGAAAAUGUGGAGAGCGAUGUGGUUGGAGAGUUGAGGCCUGGUAGCAUCGUCAGCAUCCUCACGCGGGGUGUUGAGAGUCCCGGACGCGUGGAGGUCUUUACGGAACAAGCGAUGCGAAUGCCUGGCUACCUCUCGGACGAAGGUCCGAGUGGUCUGGCUUCUGCCGGAUUGAAGGGAUGGAUCUCCAGUGAAGCCUACAAUGGGACACGGCUACUGGUGUCUCUAGAGCCUGCCGAGGUGCCUGCAGCCACGGAAAGGCAGCUGGGCGAGCUCUCCGGGGCCUUGCGUGGUAUUUGUGCGUGGGUCAACGUGACCCUGGCAUCGGCAUCUGCAGGCUCCACAUGGCGUACGGAACAGAUUUGCAAGCGGCAUGCCGGCACACUGGAGCAGAUGCUGCUCAAGUCCGAGCACCUUUCAGUCGAGGCGUGUGAUGUGUCUGGCACUGGAGCCAUGGGAGAGCCACCAAGUUGCUGCCCUCGCAGUGACAGCCCUUACGCUGCUCCUGGGCGCGCUCGUCCUGGCGGCUCUUGGCGCGGUCUGGAGGCUCAGUCGCCGGACAAGCUUCGCAGCAGAGGGGCGCACCAGCAGCUGCAGGCGGAGUUCCCGCCGUAUUUGAAGGACGUGAUGGAGCCUCCAGCCGUGCUGCACUGUCGGGUGUCGGGCAGUGCACUGGCCAUGAUGCUUCUGGGUCCAGCCACUUUGCGUGGUGCGCUUCUCGGCUCCAUUUUGCUUCUCUUGGAAGGCCUGGGUGAGAGAGCCAUUCCAAGAGAUUCUCACCGCAGGCACCUUGAGGCCAACGUGCUGAGCACUGCAGCAUAUGACGAUGAGCCGACUAUUGCCCCAUCAGUGAAGGAGCAUACCGACAGCCAGCCUCCUGCGGUCGCACACGAGCCCACGAGCUCUUCCGACGACGAAGGUUUCUGUGGAGGCCGUGUGAACUUGCCAGAGUUAUUGACCGUGAGGCAGGCUGCGCGUGAAGGCCUUGCAUGGAGGUGCCCUGGCAUGGCGCCUUCAAGCAAUGCCACGAGCGAGUUCGGAAUGGAUGCAGAACAGCUGCAGCUUGGGCCUGAUGCUGAUCCGGCUGUUUCAGCAGAUGUGGAGCUUUCUUCGGCUGGAACAGCACCUCUCUCCUGCUCUCACGAAUCGCAGUUCUUCGGGGCUCUUGCUUCCAACACGGGGGUGAGAGAUGUGGGACCCCCGGGAUUCCUUGUAUGGAAGUUGACGGCAGAGUGGGGAGCCGCAACUUUGUUUGCGUCCACCGCUAUGUGCUACUGUUCUUGGGGUUGGCUCUAUUGGAGUUCUUGCGGUUGUCAGUUCGUUGUGAUCAACCUCUUGACUGACAAGUUCUGGGUCAAGGACAAGAGCGCCAAGAACCUGCAAAGUGUGAUUCCAGAAUCCAAGCAAAAGUACAGCAUACACAAAAACACUUCAGACGACACGUGCAGCAUCGAAGCCAAGAUGUCUCUGCUCGUUGGUUCUACCGGAAGCCACCCCCUCUUGAAACACUCGGUCCGUUGGAUGCAGUACGUGGCGGCUCCAUACCGCCGAGUCAGUCUACUCAACUUCCUGAGCAUGGCUGCGGGAGUUCUUGCUCUGAACCAGCUUUCCAAUAUGCACCCUCGAUGGGACAGCGACACCAACGAUGUUCUCCAGUUUCACGAAGUUAGCCAGUGCGCUGUGAAAGGCUUCCAAGCUGCUGAGGAUGCACUGAGAUGCGACCGACCGCUGCCUCCGAGACGUGAGGAUGAGGUUUUCCCGGCCGAGAUUGCAACAGUGGCCAUCAAGCCCAUGCAGCCACGAAAGCAGAAGGCCAACCUCGUGAGCUUCAGCCCGCGCCUCUCGGAAGACCCAGACAUCGCAGAGAAGCAGAAGGCGCCCGGGGCAGGGAAUUCCGAGGCUUCGACGUCGAAAGAGUUGUCGACUGUCGGGGCUUUCGGUGUAGGGCUCUAG